CGGAUGGAGCAGCCAUUGGGGAAGUGUACGGGGCUUUAACGUUUUCUCUCUCUGGAAUAUAAGAAGAAAAAAAAGACAAAGUAAAGGCGAGGACAGAAGUGCGCCCGAGACCCGCAAACAGCUCCGAGACCCCCGCACCGACCCGCAAACACCCGCGCACCAGGACCCCGCGGCCGCUCCGAGACCCCGAAUCCGCGGCGAGCAGACUUGAAGUGUGGAAGUUGGGAGACGUGCACACAGCGGAACACACACAGCUGAGCUAGCCCGCACGCUAAAGCCGCACAGCUAGCCGCGGAGCUAACUUGAGCUGGGGGGAAGUUGCCUGUUCUCCUCCACGUCGCGGGGCUCGAGAAUCCAGUCACAAGCUCAGGCUCUGUGCGAACACCCGGGACCUGCUUCAUGAAUUAUGUCUGCCACAAGCAUUGACCCUCAGAGAUCAAAAGGACAAGCGUCUAAAGUGCAAAAUGGUUCACUGCAUCAGAAGGAGACUGUCCAUGACAAUGACUUUGAGCCUUACCUCACUGGUCAAUCAACUCAGAACAACAGCUACCAGUCCAUCACCGACCCCUACCUGUCCAGCUACUACGCCCCCUCCAUUGGAUUUCCGUACCCCCUCAGUGAGGCUCCCUGGUCCACAGGAGGGGACCCUCCUAUUCCAUACCUCACACCCUACGGAGCCUUAAGUAAUGGAGACCAUCAUUUCAUGCCGGACACGGUGUUUGGCCAGCCGGGGGGCCUGGGAAGCAGCAUCUACCCCCACAGGUUUAACUUUUUCCCUGAAAAUCCUGCCUUCUCUGCUUGGGGCACAAGUGGUUCCCAGGGCCAGCAGACUCAAAGUUCAGCUUAUGGUGGCAGCUACAGCUAUCCUCCCAGCUCCCUGGGGGGUACCAUGGUGCCUGAUGGUCAGACGGGCUUUCACAGUGACACCCUCAACAAAGCCCCUGGUAUGAACAGCCUGGAGCAGGGCAUGGUUGGCCUGAAGAUCGGAGGGGAUGUCACAGGACAGGGAUCCGGCAUCAAGGCUGUGGGAUCUGUGAUUGGUGGACCUGCAGUGGCCACAGGAAAUGGAGCCACACCUAUUGGCAUGCCCCCACCUAAACCCACCUCCUGGGCGUCCAUUGCCAGCAAGCCCGCCAAGAUGCAGCAGCUGAAAUCUAAGGUAAAGCCAGGGAUGACCAAUCUAGGAGGAGCUCUGCCCCCGCCCCCCAUCAAACACAACAUGAACAUUGGGACCUGGGAAAAGGGCCCAGGGACUAAAGUAGCCACAGCUCCAAUGCAGCAGCAGCAGCAUCUAGGCAUGCCUCAUGGUAUGUCUCAUCAAGCCGCCAUGCAGCAAGGACCCAUGCAGCCCCCUCACCAGUCGAUGAUGCAGCCCCAGAUGCAGCCUAUGGCCUUACAGCCCCCCCAUCAUCAUCAUCAUCAGCACCAUCAACCUCCACCUCAGCCCUACCAAAACCAUACCCAGCCCCCACCCCCCCAGACCCGCUGGGUUGCCCCCCGCAACCGUAACCAAGGUUAUGGGCAAGGGGGCCCCUGCCCAGACGGUAGUGGUGUGAUGGGUCUGGUUUGUGGUGGGAACAUUGGCCCCCAAUCUUCUGCCAACCAGGGACCUGGUGGAGAGUCCCAUCCAGUGCUGGAUAAGCUGCGUGCCAACCACAGCUACAAUCCCAAGGAAUUUGAAUGGAACCUGAAGAACGGUCGUGUCUUCAUCAUUAAGAGCUACUCUGAGGAUGAUAUACAUCGCUCCAUCAAGUACUCGAUCUGGUGCAGCACGGAGCACGGCAACAAGCGGCUGGACUCAGCCUUCCGGGCCAUGAAUGCUAAAGGUCCUGUGUACCUGCUGUUCAGUGUCAACGGCAGUGGUCAUUUCUGCGGUGUGGCGGAGAUGCGUUCACCAGUGGACUAUGGCACCAGUGCUGGUGUUUGGGCACAGGACAAGUGGAAGGGCAAGUUUGACGUGGACUGGUUGUUUGUUAAGGAUGUGCCUAAUAGCCAGCUUCGCCACAUCCGCCUGGAGAACAACGACAACAAGCCAGUGACCAACUCACGCGACACCCAGGAGGUCCCUCUGGAGAAGGCCAAGCAGGUGCUCAAGAUCAUCGCUACCUACAAACACACCACCUCCAUCUUUGAUGACUUCUCCCAUUAUGAGAAGAGGCAGGAGGAGGAGGAAGAGGUGCGUGAGACCUUUGAACCUCCUCCGAUACAGAACCGCUCUAGGUUGGAUCAGGAGCGCCAAAACAGGAAUAAACAAUAGAGGACAUUCAUCCUUGGCUUGAUCAACAGUUACACUAGGACCUUUGAUUUAAGAGACAGAAGAAUAUGAAAAUGCAACCAAGCCCAUUUUUUUUUUCUCUAUUUAAUCCUGGUGAAUCUCUACCAUUGUUGAGACUUGUGCUUUUUUGCCCCAUAAACCACCCACUUCUUGUGCAGGGAUAACAAGCUGAUUUAAUGUAUUACCAAGCCGCCACCACCCUCUUUAGUUCAGCUUUUUUUCUUUUUUAAAUAUUUUUCUUCCCGUUCAAGCUCGUACUCUUCUCUCAUCACCAGACUGGUUUUCUCUCUACUGCUCCCACCCGCUCCUCUUUCCAAUUGAAUCAGGGUUUGACUGCACCAUGGAGGAAAAAAAUCUGCCACUUUAUAUUUCAGUACAAUCAGGAACAGAGGUGUCCUGCCCCUAUUUGUCCAUGUGGGGGCAACAUUGCCAUGCUUCAGAGUUUUAACUGUGCCAACAGGGUUGGAGGAUCCCAAAGGCAAUGUCGGACUUGGAACUGUGCGAUAUUAAAACUUCAAUGAUUUAUCUAUUUUUCAUUCAGAUCGACAAAAUCUCUAUUUUUUGGCUUACUACUGACAAUUUUCAUUUCAGAAAGCUGUUUUCUGGAGCCUUAAUGUUUUUUUCUUCUAAUUAUUGGUGACUUCUCAAAAGAACUGCUCAAAACAGUGACACUGCUGGAGAAAUCAGGGAUAGUGUGAAGUCACACGGGACUCGAGACAUUUCAGAGGAGGAAUUGCAAAGGCCUCUGGGAAAGAAAUAACGGAUGUUUCCUCCACAACCAGAACUCUCACCAUUUAAAUCAAAAAUUGUACUAUUGACAUCCUCCACACCCCCUCUGCUUUGCUUUCUUCUUGUUUGUCUUAAAGGGGUCUUUUGUAUGUGUCAUCAGGAGAUUCUGCUUGUGUACGCAACCCAGUCUGAGAGAACUGUCGCAUCCACCAUUUUAAAUUGUUUUAUAAUCAGUUGAAAAUGAGUUGUCGCUUUUGCAUUUUUGUUCCACAAAAUGGAGGGAGGGUUCACAUGUUUGUCCAUUCACCAUCAUUCUGUCUUAAUCCUGUUUUUUUUGUUUUUCCUUUUCCUUGAAUUCGGUUUUGCUAAGUCUAUCAUGUUGGUCGUAAUGCUAAGCUUUAACGUAGGAGCCUAUAUAUUCAUGGAGAAAGCCUAAAAAUGUAUAACCUAAAAAUUAAUGUAACUGAUUUACUAUCAAGUAAGAAAAAAAAUAAGAAUGAAA